AUGGAGGCUGAAAGCGCCGAGCAUCAACGUGCUCACAACAGGAGCAGUCCUGCCUCUUUCUCGCCAGCAUCUACUCGCUGUAUCAUGAUUGCUGAGCUUCGGUGGAACAUCUUCAACCUGGUUGGUCCUCCUGAUACACCUGUUACUCGUAGUAUUGGGCAGCUUUCGGAAACUGGAUGGGUGUCUUUCGACUUUCCCCGUACGAGAAUGACACUCCUGGCACUUGCCUUGACGUGCAAGUUAUUCACUGAACCUGCGUUGAACAUUUUGUGGCGACACCUAGGUGGGAUCGAACCUCUCAUUAGGUGUCUCCCACAAAGCCUAUGGAAACAGCACCGGGGAAGACUAGAAUUUCAAAGAGCCAUGACCCUCAAAGACUGGACCAUUUUUUGCAAAUACAACCACCGUGUCCGUUCAUUGCUUAAUCAAUGUCAUCAGCAGUACUCGAGAGACAUGAAAUAUGGUGCCGAGAUUUGGCGUGCCCUCAGCUGUCCUCCCUUCUCCCUUCCCUUGCUCCCCAACUUGACGUCCCUUACCUGGACUGAGGCCUCCGACGAGACACUUCAAUAUAUUCAGUUGUUUGUGACCCCAAAAUUGACGAUGCUCAACAUUUCCUCUGUCCAUUUUCUAGUACCCUUCACAUUUGGUCCAUCCGAACAGUCCAUCUUCUUAUCUAUCGCAAAGUCGUGCCCUUCUAUCUCGCAUUUCGAUUUCGAUUUCGGUCGAGAUACGGAUGAUUCCACAGAAUCAGUCGGAGACACGUUGCAAUUAUGGUCUCAACUAACAUCGGUGAAGACUGGAACAUUGCCCGAGGCAGCGAUACUACACCUGUCUAAUCUACCCUCACUCCGAAUUUUGAAAUUCACAUUACCUUCAAUUCUCAUAUCUGCCGAUACACAAAAGCUGCUGCAGCGUCCUAUGUUCUGUGCAUUACAAGAAUUGAACAUAUCAUCCAGAAAUAUGGUCUUCUUGGACGCUUUUUUGAAGGAACUCACUAUCGCUCCAAAAAUAGUCUCCUUUACGAUCAAGGAUGGAGUGGGUUCCGCACGGGCCCUGCCGGAUAUGAUUUCUCGUAUAUCCAACGCAUGUGCAUACAACUCACUGCAACAGGUGCAGCUCAUCAUCACUGCUCGGCCCCCUGAUCUUGAAACUUCAAUCGAAGCUGCGUCCUUUCAACCACUCCUUGCCUUUCGCAAUCUUCGCGAGUUCUGCUUCGUAGUGGGUUGUGUUGUGCGAAUGGAUGAUGCUGCCCUUUUGCAGAUGGCUAAGGCCUGGCCCCUCCUGGAAGAUUUAUCCAUCACAGGAUACCCCCAUUCAAGUCAUCAAGUCACUCCGCACGCCUUCGUCUUGCUAUUGCGGCAUUGCCCUCAUUUAGUCUCUGUUGCCAUUCCCGUAGACUGGUCCACGAUAGACAUGUCUGCCAUACCCCGUGACGUUCCUUACCAAGGAUUUUCUCACAACGCACUAUCCCGUUUAGCCUUUGAAGGUUCGAAGAUCGAGAAUCCGAUAUCGAUUGCUGCUUUCAUAUCAGCUAUCGCACCCAACGUAUCAUCAAUUCAGGGAGAUGAUGAAGAUUACUAUGAGGAUGAUGUCUUUUCAGAACACUACCCGUCCUGGAAGAUGGUUCAGGAUCUGAUCCCGGCUUUACCUAUCAUCCGUGAGCAGGGGAUGAGAAUCAUGCUGAAUAGGUCACUGCAAGGUUCAUACAGCCACCGCGGGGUCGCGCAGCGCGGGGGCCGACAAUGA